CCCACCUCCCUCAUCCGGGUCCUGUCCCUGAGGGGGAGCCGGGGCAGGAUGACUGUGCUGCAGGAGCCCGUCCAGGCUGCUAUAUGGCAAGCACUUAACCACUAUUCUUAUCGGGAUGCAGUGUUCCUGGCAGAGAGGCUGUAUGCAGAAGUGCAUUCAGAAGAUGCCCUGUUCUUACUGGCAACCUGUUACUAUCGCUCUGGAAAGGCCUACAAGGCAUACAGGCUUCUUAAAGGACACAGUUGUACCACCCCGCAGUGUAAAUAUUUGCUUGCCAAGUGCUGCGUUGACCUCAGCAAACUUGCAGAAGGAGAGCAGAUCUUAUCUGGUGGUGUGUUCAACAAACAGAAAAGCCACGAUGACAUCGUGACAGAGUUUGGUGACUCUGCAUGCUUCACGCUUUCGCUCCUGGGACAUGUGUACUGCAAGACAGAUCGGCUUGCCAAAGGAUCUGAAUGUUACCAAAAGAGCCUUAGCUUAAAUCCUUUCCUGUGGUCCCCUUUUGAAUCACUAUGUGAAAUAGGUGAGAAGCCAGACCCUGAUCAAACUUUCAAGUUAACAUCAAUACAGAACUUCAGUACCUGCUUGCCCAACACGUGCACAACAGUGGUGUCUAAUCACAGCAUACCCCACAGACAGCCGGAGACGGUUCUUAUGGAAACACCACAAGACACGCUUGAAUUAAACAGACUCAACCUGGAGUCCUCCAACUCUAAAUAUUCCUCCAACACAGAUUCCUCCAUGUCUUAUAUUGACUCAGCUGUAAUUUCACCAGAUGCUGUACCUCUUGGAUCAGGAACUGCCUUCUUAGCUAAACAAGCUCAAAACAAACCAAAAACUGGCCGGAGUCUUCUGGGUGGACCAGCUGCUCUGAGUCCGUUAACGCCAAGCUUUGGAAUCUUGCCAUUAGAAACCCCUAGCCCUGGAGAUGGAUCCUAUUUACAAAACUGCACAAAUUCUUCUUCUGUAAUUGAUGUGCCGCCUCCAGGAGCCCCUUCUAAGAAGACUGUCACCAGAAUAAGCCAAGCUGGAACAAAGUCUGUUUUCUCUCAAAGCGGCAAUAGCCGGGAAGUGACGCCAAUCCUUGUUGCACAAACUCAAAGUUCGGGCCCUCAGACAAGUACAACACCUCAGGUAUUGAGCCCGACCAUUGCUGCUCCACCUAACGUGCUGCCUCGAAGAAGUUCUCGUCUGUUCUCUAGCGAUAGCUCUACCACAAAGGAAAAUAGUAAAAAAUUAAAAAUGAAGUUUCCACCGAAAAUUGCAAACCGAAAGACAAAGUGUAAAACCAAUAAGGGAGGAAUCACACAGCCAAACAUAAAUGAUAGUUUGGAAAUCACCAAACUUGAUUCGUCCAUCAUUUCAGAAGGAAAGAUUGCCUCCGUAACACCGCAGAUCCAGGCAUUCACAUUACAGAAAGCAGCAGCAGAAGGUUUGAUGAGCCUUCUUCGCGACAUGGGGAAAGGGUAUUUAGCCUUGUGUUCUUACAACUGUAAAGAAGCAAUUCAUGUCCUGAGUCAUUUGCCUUCUCACCACUACAACACUGGCUGGGUGCUGUGCCAAAUUGGAAGAGCUUACUUUGAGCUUGGUGAAUAUAUGCAGGCCGAGAGGAUAUUCUCUGAAGUUAGAAGGCUUGAGAACUACAGAGUGGAAGGCAUGGAAAUCUACUCAACGACACUGUGGCAUCUGCAAAAAGAUGUGGCUCUUUCAGUUCUUUCAAAAGACUUAACUGACAUGGAUAAAAACUCGCCAGAGGCCUGGUGUGCUGCAGGAAAUUGCUUCAGUUUGCAACGGGAACAUGACAUUGCCAUCAAGUUUUUCCAAAGGGCUAUUCAAGUUGAUCCGAAUUAUGCUUAUGCCUACACUCUCCUAGGACAUGAAUUCGUUCUGACGGAGGAACUUGAGAAAGCACUGGCCUGCUUUAGGAAUGCAAUCAGAAUGAAUCUUAGGCAUUAUAAUGCAUGGUAUGGUUUGGGAAUGAUUUACUACAAACAGGAGAAAUUCACCCUGGCAGAAAUGCAUUUCCAGAAGGCACUUCAUAUCAAUCCUCAGAGCUCUGUCUUGCUGUGUCACAUUGGAGUUGUCCAGCAUGCAUUGAAGAAAUCUGAAAAGGCUUUGGAUACUCUCAACAAAGCCAUUAACAUUGACCCCAAGAACCCUCUCUGCAAAUUCCACAGAGCCUCAGUAUUAUUUGCAAAUGAGAAGUACAAGUAUGCUUUGCAAGAACUUGAAGAACUGAAGCAGAUUGUUCCCAAAGAGUCUCUUGUUUACUUCUUGAUAGGAAAGGUUUAUAAGAAGCUAGGGCAGACCCAUCUCGCACUGAUGAACUUCUCCUGGGCAAUGGACUUAGAUCCGAAAGGAGCCAACAACCAGAUCAAAGAGGCCAUUGAUAAACGGUACCUUCCUGACGAUGAAGAGCCUGUAACACAGGAGGAGCAGAUCAGUGAAUGCUGCCCCUAUGAGUCAGUUGGCACAGAUGAGUCGCAGGCGAGCAGUAUGACUGAUGCGGAUGACACACAGCUCCAUGCAGUAGAAAGCGAUGAAUUUUAACUCCGAACGCUGGAUUCUGAGCUUGGAUGUAUGACUGACUGAAACUUUUGGGUUUUCCCUUCCCUUCCUGCCACAGAGAGCCAACAUCGGUCUAGCUCUCCACUGACACUGCAGGCUCAUCCUUCAUCAGAUUUUAAUUGACACAGAAUUAAUGGCAAUGGAUUUGAGGCCAUUAUUUGAGUCUGACUCUUUGGCUCUUUCACCUUUUUGUAAACAUGACUUUUUUUUUAAAGAAGGAAAGAGGGCUUUUUUGUGUUCUUGGGGUUUU